UUAUUGAUAACAUUUAUGCUUGGCAUUUCCUGUUCAGUAGAAGGUUGUUCUGUCACGGCAGCCCCAAGGUGCUGGUCAGCAGCACGGUGGGUGACGGUGCUCGAUGCUAUCAUCAUUGCUAGCAACCUGAUUCCACAGGCACAAGCAAGCCCUGAGAUUGGUCGAUAGUCGCUAUAACGAAAAUGUCAGGUAUUACCCAGAGUCCGUCAAAACUGCGUGUGGCAUUUCCAUUGAUCGUAGUGGUAAUUUUUCUCGCUGGCGGAAGAACUACCUUAGCGGAGCACAGCGGAUGGAGCUUCGGUGGUGCUGGGCUCGAGCAUGCUAUGUCACUGUAUCGAAGUUGGGAGAAGGCCUACGGCCUAGAAGCCAACUCCGUUUCUCCUCCGGAAAAGUUUCAGCUGCCUGCGAACCUUCCGCCAGCUCCGCACCUGCAGGACUGCUCCGCGCGCACAGCCUUCCGCCUCUCCGUGGAGCAGAGGGGACCUGAUGGUUCUGCUCCUGACUGGACCCGACCGUCCAACUGCUGCAGCUGCAACCCACAGCCGCCUUGGGUCCGUGGGGACGAUCUGGCCAACCUCGCGCUGACACGUGUCGCGCAGAGGGACAUCUGGGAGAGCCAGUUUCCUGCCACGUGCAAGGGCAGGCGAAUCCUGCUGGCAGAGUGGGUAGAGGGGCCGAUAGAAGGUCCAACUCAAGCAGCAGCAACAGCAUCAGGGGAUUCUGGUUCCCUGGGCAUGGGGACACAGAUUCACAUCAUGUCUGCCUUUCUGAGCAUUGCUGUGAGGCAUAACCGCACUCUGGUGGUGGUGCCGGGGAGUUACUCAAGAGCCAACAACUCGGCUUGCCAAGCCACAGGAAAGAUGGGUUCCUGGGAAUGCUAUUUCUUUCCGAUUUCCUCCCAAGAGUGUGUGGACGAGGCUGUAGCAGCUGUAGCAGCCAACCAGGCCACGUCAGCAAACGGGCCUGACAUGGAGGCUCGGCUGGCCUCACCGGACCUGGUGGUCAGGUUCGCCGACGCAAGGCACUUUGAAGACAUUGACGGGGCCAAGCGGUGGGGCACACCGUGGAGGGAUCGGCCAUCCACAGUGGAGCUGCAGGGGGUGUUGGACGAGGCGGAUGAGAGAACCAUGCAGCAUCGGUGGUGGCAUGCCCAGUCAGCACGCUUCCUCCUCCGUUGGCCAUCCGCACACCUGUGCCACGUCAUCAACCGCAUCCGCCACGUCAGCUAUGGUUUGCGAGUGGCCGUCCACGUGUCUGACAUCAGCACGCAAGAAUCUGGCAUCAUCCAAUCCCUCGAGAAGGGCACCAGCAAAUCCGGGCAGGGCAUCCCGAAUUUUAACAUGACCGAGGAAGCAGUUUUUCUCAGGGGAAUCAAAUUCACUCCGCCGAACCUGGAAACAGACGUCUGGACCGGGGAAGGCUUUGCGGGGUGUUUGGUCCGGGACACCGACGGUGAAAAGCCCGCCACUGUAGACAAAACCUAUAAAGGCGUCGGCGGGGAGGUGUUUGUGUUCCGGCCAAUCGUGAGCAUACACGUGGCGCAUGGAGAUGCUGUGAUGGGUGGAGGGGGAUCUGAGGGGGGUGGUUCUUUGGGAGGCGGAGGGGGGUUUCAAGGGUCUCGGGUAAAGCUGAGGUCUCUGGGAGCAUACAUGUACUUUGCGUAUCAGCUGCAGCUGCAUGUUCCGACCAUCAACCAUGCUUGGUUAAGCACAGACGCACAGUCUACUUUAGAGGAGACUAAGCAACUGCGCGAUUGGAGCUUCCUAUAUUCUGAGCACUCAUCGCAGCAGCAGCCGGCAGAGGCUGGUGUGGCAGCUGAAAACGGGGAUGGAAAAUCCGGCGACCAGCAAGCAAGCGGGCAGAUGGUUGCCGUGAAAUUUGCUAAUUUGCUCAUUGCAGCCGAAUGUGACCACUUCGUAGGGAUGCUCAGUUCUAAUUGGAACAGGCUUAUUGAUGGGUUGCGUAGCACAAAUGGACGGCUUUUCUCAGGCUACAUGGCUCUAAGUGUAUGAGGGGGACUAGUAUGUAGAGUUGUCUAUCUUCUAUCGGAUUUCUAGCAACAACGGGCUAAGUGGAAAGGGCUAGGAGUCUUUGAUGCAUAUGCGCCUGUUUUUAUGCCUGUGGGAGUGAGGUCGCUAAG